ACUGUCGUAAAUGCCGUAAACAGGUGUCGCCUGCUGCUGAUGGGAAGCGUGGAGUUAAUUUACCAUCUUUAACUGAACAUUUAAUUUUAUUUGUUCUGGAGAAUUUACAGUUACGAGCUGUAAGAUUACAACGAUAGUAGGAAAAGAGCGACCAAUAAAGACCCGCAAGGAUGUUUAAAAAAUUUGAUGAAAAGGAGAAUGUUUCAAACUGUAUUCAACUGAAGACGUCUGUAAUCAAAGGCAUUAAGAACCAACUGUUAGAUCAGUUUCCCAACAUUAGUGAAUGGCUCAACCAGAUCAUGCCCAAAAAGGACCCUGUCAAAAUUGUGAGAUGUCAUGAGCAUGUUGAAAUUCUUAUGGUAAAUGGAGAGCUGCUAUUCUUCAGACAGAGGGAGGGACCAUUCUAUCCCUCCCUCAGACUUCUACACAAAUAUCCCUUCAUACUCCCACACCAACAAGUAGAUAAAGGAGCUAUCAAAUUUGUUUUGAGUGGAGCCAAUAUCAUGUGCCCAGGCCUGACAUCACCAGGAGCCAAACUCUACCCUGCUGAAACAGACACGAUAGUUGCCAUAAUGGCAGAAGGCAAGCAGCAUGCGCUCAGUGUGGGAGUCAUGAAGAUGUCAGCAGAUGACAUAGAGAAAGUAAACAAGGGAAUUGGAAUUGAAAACGUUCACUAUCUGAAUGAUGGACUAUGGCAUAUGAAGACGUAUAAGUAAUGACAGAUAUGAGGAUGUGGUGGAAUCAUUUGGACCCCGUGUCACCAGGCUGCCCGUCUACUGUUUACAUGAAUGGACUCAACUGUGCACCAUGCCGAAAUCUUUGAAAGCAACUCCAUUUUAAUGCACAAAUAAAACCUGUAUUCAUGUCAUUCCA